UUUCAGUUUUAACUACUUCGUAAGACUAAAGGGAAACUUCAUCGUUGUACAUGUCGUAAAUACUCAAUCAUGAGCGUAUCAAAGUCCAAAAUUAAGAAACUGUUUGGGAAGUCAAAGAGCUCCGAUAAGGAACACAGGGAUGCUGACAGGACUGAGGGUCAGUGGGGCACUUCACCUGAAGACGACCAAACGAGUCUCGGUGGUUCGGUCAUGACUUUACCGUCGAGCCCUAGAGAUAUCACCUCAUUCCCGGACUCACUGCCCACCAGCCCCAGCGAGAAGAAGAAGAAACGUUUCCCGACCUGGAGGUCCAAAAAGAGGAAUAAAGAUAAAGUGUUUAUCAGUAGUACCGGAGAAGUGUACCACAGGAAUUUUGAUCAGAUGAGCAUCCAAACAGAGGACUUUGUGAUGACCGACACCUGCCCCACCCCUGUCCGCUCUCGGUCUAGUUCCACGUUAAGCCUGGAUCUCACAUCACUUCAGGAUCCAUCAUUUCCCAAACGCAAACACAGGAAGAGUUCUGAGGAGAAGGGUGUUCUGAACCGUAUUGGAAGCUUUUUCGGUCGGAAGAAAAAAAGCAGAACCACAUCGGAUGACAGGGAUGAAAAUUUGUCGCCGGAGGCAAACAGCCCAACCAGGCACUCAGGAUCAGGGGAAGUGAGAAGGACUCAACACAAAGAGUUUGAAGAUUCAGUGUUUGACCCGGAGAAUAGAAGUCCCAGUGCUUGUAGCGUAGCAUCCGUUGUUGCAGAUGGAGGAGACCUGCCUUUUGCCGACAGCGGCAGCAGUGGACGAGGGAGUGUAAAAGAGGUGGAAGUGAUCAAGGUGAGCAGGGUUGAAACCUCCAGCAACAAGUGGAGCGAGAAUCUGGUGGAGGAGGUGAAUAAGAAGCUCAAGGUGUACCUGGAGGAGACAACAGAUACAACAAUAAAAAAAUGUUCAGACGUUCCUAUACACACCCCUGACACGCCAAAGUCCCCCGCCGUCUCAAGCGAGACGGAGAGUAAAAAGACAGUUUUGAAAACUACCAUCACAGGUGGUGGGACUUACACAGCGCUGGUUGGGGUAACUCUGGGAUCACAGUCCAGAAACACAUCAUCCUCUGAUAUUCAGCCUGGAGAACCGACAGACAUGGGGAAGAAAAACAGCGGCAAGCGAAAAUCGCACAAACUAAGCCAUCAAGAAGGCAAAAAUGAGCUUCUCGCCCCAACGAACACCACUUCCCCUGAGGCAGAGGAGAGGUCAAUGCAAUCAUCUCCCUCACCUGGUCAAGUACACAGAGCCGUGUGGGCGGAAACUCACCUGACAGAGGAGGAGAGUGAGAGCUUUAUUACUGACUCACUUUCUUCUACAGAACCUGCUCCGGCCAGCCCAGCCGAGAGUUACUCUGCCCUCGGUGCAGCUCCUAGCAACACUCCUGCUCUUUCGCAAGCUGCAGAGCCAGCCAUCCUUACCAUACAUGCUUCAAAACCACCAGAGGAGGAAACUCGAGACAAUCUUAUUCCUAAACACCUGCAAGAUGAGAACAAUGAACAGAAACGCAGAAGCUUGAAACUGUCACAGAGUGAGAAAGUCUUUGCUAAAAGAGUGUUUGUUGGUUCUCAGUCAAGCCUAGACGGGGAAGAACAAGCUGAAACGGAGACUCAAAGUGAGACUAACUUGGAUAUAACGCAGAAUGUACAGCAGGUUAAGGUGAAAAUAUUACCAAACCUCAAAAGUGUGAGUGUCAAGCAGACCAAUCGACAGACAAACAAGUCAGUAGGAGAUUGUGCUGUUUUCGUGCAAGAGCAGCCUCCUGGUGGGGAUGUAGAGACCCCCUUUGAAUCUUCAACAGAAAAUAGAGACGCUACAGACGUUGCUGAGGAAUUUUAUUUCCCAGAAAUGCCAGUUAAUAAAGUAACAUUGAAUACUGUGAUGAGCAGUCAUCAAAACUCAUCUGUGCCAUCCAAACGUACGAACAGAGCCGUCAGUGGACCAAAUGGGGCUGUUAAAGCAAAGAGCCCUCCACCACAAGUUGCCCCUAAAACAAAAGCUGUAAUAUCUCGCAUUAAAAGCCUCUCUGAGGCAUCAAAGAUAGAUGUGCCUCCGGUACGGAGGCUUUCGCAGAAGCAGACAGAUCAAAAAGAGAUUAAAUCUCCAACAGAAAAGGACCAAUCUGUUACACCUAAUAAACCAACUGACAUCAAGAUGGGAGUUCCCAAGAAAACCCCACCAGAGGUUCAAACAAAACCAAAGAAAGUGGUGGAGGUCAUUACAGUGUAUAGUGUUUCUCCAGAAGCUGAAAGACAGAUGUCCACCAAACGUCAGAAUGAGGCAGGAUCAAUAAGCCCAGAGCGGAAAAUGUCACCGACUAAGAAAGUGGAAGACAGGAAUGUUUUUGACACCUCACCAACAACAAAAACUUCUCAAUCCGCUAAAGAACAGAUCACUCUUUCAAAGCCUAAAAGAGAACGAAUUCUAAAACAUUCACUUUCUGCUGAUAAAUCCCCAUCUUCAGCAGAGAAUUGUGGUUCACCAAAAUCUAACACUGAAUUCAAAGCAUUUAAAGAUAUCCAAAAGUCAAAAACACAGCCAACAGUUGCCACCGACAGAAGUCCAACAUCAAAGAGUAGUUUUUCAUAUUUGAAGAGUAAAGCAAAAUCAGGUGACAAAACCGAGGCAAAACUUUCUUCCUCACCGCCUGGCACGGAUCAAUCAGAGCAGAACGCUGAAAAGGAGAAGCCAGCGAACGAAACCCAGCUGAGUGGGCCAAAGAGCCCAAAAAAAUUCAUGACUGAUGUGUCACCAACAAGAAGGAAGCUGCCACGAACAACACCAUUGAGCCCUCUGAAACAGCCCUCAGAUGGAGAAGUUGCCCACGGAGAAAGUGAGUCACAUGAAUCAACCUCACUGCCACUCAAGCCAGAGAGAAAUGAGUCAUCACUGGUUAACGGUCCUGUUGCCAAUGGCAAAUGUUCCAAAUGUGAUCAAGCUGCUACUGUCAGGGUAUCGCCAGAGCUCAAAUUAAAAAGCCCUGUCAAGGAGGUGGAUGAUUUACAGUCAGGAACUCCACGUCUCAAAAGUCCCACUAAAGUCAAACCCAGGAAAGAGUUUAGGAAGGCGGAGCCAACUGCAGCUCCAGAUUCAAAAACAGACAAAGGCGAGAAAGUGACAAGUUUGUCCGUCACACCCACAGCUACUUCCAAAUCUGAUGCACUAGAAUCAGAAGCCAUUUCUGCAAAUGAAAAUUGUGAUGCUGCUGAGACCAAAGUCACACCAGAUGUGUCACUUUCAGAAAACUAUGCUUUAGAAACCAAUCAACAGACAGAACCAAAUCUAUCAGUUUCAUCAGACCCACAUGUGCAAGUUGCAUCAGAUAAACAGCCAGAUGUUGCUAAAACAGAUGAAAUUUCCGCAACAUCCAAGACAGCUGAACAAUCAAAAGCCUUUUCUGAAACAAAUGGUGAGAAAUCUGGUGCUUCUGAGACCAAAGUCACACUGGAUUUGUCUUCAGAAAAGAACAGUUCACAUUUGGAAGAACAGACAGAGUCAGAUCUACCAGACAUACAUGUCCAAGAUAUACCAAAUCAGUCACAGAAAUCAGUCACAGAAAAGCAGAUUAUUGAGUUCAAGAAAGAGAAAUGUGACCUUUCCAAAGAAAAUGAAAGUUCCUCAAUAGCUGAGACGGACCAUUACACAACCAGUGAUCUGAGCACUCAAGGUAAUUGUACUUCUGAAGUGAAGGGUGAAAAAUCUGGUCCUGCUGAAACCACAGUCAAACUAGAUGUGUCGCUUUCGGAAAACAACAAUUUGCAAUUCGUAAAACGACAGACUGAAUCAAAUGCACCAGAUUCGUCAGAGUCACAUGUACAGAUUACGCCAGAUAAGCAGUCAGAUGUUGUCCAAGAACAGGUUCUUGGAUUCGAGAAAGAGAUAUGUGCCCUUUCAAAGGCAGAUGAAGUUUCCGAAAUACCCAAGACAGCUAAAGAAUCAAAAGCCUCUCUUGAAACAAAGGAUGAAAAAUCUGGGGCUGCUGAAGCCAAAGUAAAACUGGAUGUGUCGCUUUCAGAAAAGAGCUAUUCUCACUCAGAAAAAGAAAAGUCAGAUCUACCAGUUUCAACAGAUGUGCCGCUUGCAUCGAAUGAGUUGCUGGAUGUCAAAGAGAAGCCCCGUAGUCCUUCUCAGGAGCAAACCAGUCAGGUCAUUUCAAAGAACUUAUCUGAGACAACCCAGAAGACUCAGAUCAAAGAGCACAGUGUGAAUUCAGAUUUAAAACAACCAAAAACAACUACACAACUAGAUAAAAAAGUUAAAAGUGAAGAAGAAAGUGGUAAACACAAAGUAUCAGAGAAGCAACCGGUUCAGUCUGGAGACUCGAGUAAAACAAACCCAGAGUGUCUCAAAAAGAAUGAAUUAAAUAAGUUAAAGCAUGCUGAUGAGGCACCAGUAGGAGUAAUCACGCCUCCAGAGCCUGCUUCUAAACCUUUUCAAAAAGGUGAUCAGACUUUAAAUCAACAAUUUGCAUCCGUUAAAAUAACAGAUAAACUGACUUCCAAAGUGGACCGAAAGAGUGAAGUCCAAAUUAAAAAUACGGAGUCCAACCUAAAGGUCAAGGAACCUAGAAUGACCAAAGAUAAAAUACCAGUUACUAACUUAGGAAAGCUGAAACCACUAACUGACCAAAGUGUUCUCCAGUUUACAUCUCAGAAUCUUCCAUUGGACCCCAAAAGCCAGUCACAAAAUAGCAAGGCACCAUCUAGUUGGUUAGACGUGGACCAAAGUUAUGAGAAGAAGAAAACUGCGAGACGUAUGGAUUGUUCUGCAAGUGAUGACAAUCUGCUUGACACUUCUGAUGACUUUGAGGAUUUCAUUCGGAACAUCAAGGAGAACUGUUCCCCGUUCUCUUUGCCACCAAGAAAGCAUGGGCAGAGCAAGAUGCCGUCACCUCCUUUUGCUAUGCCUGCCAUUAAAGAAGAUCAUUUUGAGAAGGUAUUUGACCCGGAACAGUUCCAGUUUGGAACAAGAAAAACUUUAGGACCUAAAGACCCCUCUCCAGCCAUGAUGAUCAAGAAGAAAAAUGACGAGGCAAAAGCCAACCCGUCAUCUAAACGUUCUGAGGACCGCCUUCUUUAUACAGGUCUCGCAUCUAGACGUGAACAAGACAAAGCUAAACAGGUCACCGAGGAGAAAACUGAUGGAGAAAAACAGAACACUGAAGGCUCUGGAAAACUGCCCUCAAGAUUGGAAAGAAUGUCAAUCAUCUCAAACCUCGUGAACUCCCCGAACGCGGCAAGAAAAGCCAGAACUGAACCAAGCUCUCUCAUUAAUGGCAUUCAGUCACCCAUAUCACCACCACCAGAGGUGGUGCCAAUUUCAGGAGAACGAAAGGACAUAUCCCAUGCUGUCAUUGCUGCAAAAGAGGGGGUUGGGGAUUUGCCAGAUGCCAAUGUAAAAGCAGGACCUGGUGAUUCAGUAAAGAGUCCAUCCACAGCUCCACCUCUUCCAACAUUCUCAGAAGUCAAGCUGCCUGGCCUCUUGGAAAAAUUCAUGAAUAAAGGCAAAGAAGCUAGCACCAUCAGCCAGCAAGAGCCUGACACUGGCCCUGUCCCUGCACUGGACUUGAAUCUCACUUCCAACAAAUUUAAUUCAAGCAUGGGACUGCAAGGCAUUUCAGGAUUAACAUCUCCGUCCAACAAUACUCAGCAGAUUCCACUGCCCACACCCACCAUGCUCUCACCAACAUACGCAGAAACAUCAGGUGUCAGAGGCUUCCACAAACGCCCUGGAAAGAUUGUGAUAUAUCAACAACCUCAGUUUGGAGGAGAGGGCUACGAGAUUUUCAGAGAUGUAGAGGAUGCCACAUCCCUAAACCUCUCUCCGUUCAUUUCCGUAAAGGUUGUUAGAGGAUGCUGGCUGCUGUAUGAAAAGCCCGGCUUCCAGGGCCGGUCAGUUGCUUUAGAGGAGGGGUCAACAGAGAUUGCAAAUGAGUGGGCGGAGACAGAACCAAGUGGGGAAGUGGGGCCCAACGGCUUGCCACUCCCAACCACACCCAUGGUUAUUGGCUCCAUUAGGCUUGUAUUAAGGGACUACAGCACACCAAAAAUCGACUUGUUCACAGAGUUGAACGGGAUGGGCAGAGUGUCUUCAUUCUGCGAUGACACCAUAGAGACCUGUUCAUUUGGUAUUCCUCAGAGUACUGGGUCCAUUAGGGUUCACAAUGGAGUAUGGCUCGUCUUUAGUGACCCAGGUUUUCAGGGUCUUCUGGCUGUCUUGGAGGAAGGAGUAUAUCCCUGCCCUCAGGACUGGGGCUUUCCCACCCCCUUUGUCGGAUCACUGCGGCCCUUGAAAAUGGGCGAAAUUAAGGUGGAAAAUCCCAAUGAAACUAAGGUGCUACUCUUUGAAAAACCAAUGUUCCAAGGGGAGUGCAUAGAGGUUGAAAUGGACAUUUAUAACUUUGAUGAAGGAGAGGAAGAGAAGGCUGAAGAAGAUGAGACUGACAUCACCGGGAGAGAGAGACUCAGCUCUGUUGGCUCACUGAAAAUCCUAAGUGGCCUCUGGGUAGGAUACUCUGCACCAGGGUUCGAGGGUCGCCAGUAUCUUCUGGAGGAAGGAGAGUAUGCAGACUUCACAGACUGGGGUGGAAUGGAAGACAGGCUCCUCUCUAUACGUCCUGUGUUAGCAGAUUUCAUGACUCCUCACGUGCGAAUGUUCAGUGAGCGGGAUUUCAACAAGAGAGGGAUGAAUGUGGACCUGCUGGAACCUGUCAUUAGCAUGGAAACCACUGGCUUUGGCAUAAAGACACAAUCGGUGGAAGUCCUUUCUGGCGUGUGGAUAGCAUUUGAGAAGGCACACUUCUCCGGUGAGCUGUACGUUUUAGAGAAGGGUCUCUAUGGCAGUCCAGAGGACUGGGGAGCACACAACUGCAAGAUCUUGUCAAUUCAGCAUGUAGUUUUGGAACAGGCCGAAGGACUGUCCAGAUAUAAGGUGCAGUUGUUUUCUGAACCGGGCUUCAAUGGAACAAUGCAGGUUUUAGAUGAAAGUGUGGCGUUCCUCCCGGAGGGUUUCCACCCCAUGUCCUGCAAGGUUUUGGCUGGGAGCUGGGUGGUGUUCGAUGGCCCGCAGUUCACUGACAACAUGUAUGUACUGGAGGAAGGAGAAUACCCCAGUCCUGAGGCUCUGGGCUUACUCAACUCAGAGUGCAAAAUCAGCUCUGUUCACACUGUAGGACAUGAGUUUUCUAUGGCCUCCAUCACACUCUACUGCAAAUCUGGCUUCAGAGGACGUAAAGUAGUUCUGACCGAUGGCAUUUUGAACCUGUCUUUGGCUGGUAUUGAUGGGCGGAUCAAUUCUCUAUUGGUUAAUGGAGGAAUCUGGGUGUUGUAUGAAUACAGCAACUUCCGUGGUCGUCAGGUCCUGCUCCAUCCCAGCGAGAUCGGUGAUUGGCAGAAGUUCAGAGGCUGGGAGCAGAUUGGCUCUCUGCGUCCGUUAUUACAGAAACGUGUUUAUUUCCGGCUGCGUAGUGCAGAGACAGGCUGCAUGAUGUCUCUGUCUGGAUCCCUGGAUGAUUUAAAGCUGCUCCGGGUUCAAGUUCUGGAAGAAACUGGUGGUCCGGAGCAGAUAUGGGUGUAUGAGAACGGACUACUGCGUUGCAAGCUGGUUGAGGACUGUUGUGUGGAGACGUCUGGAGGUGUGGUGAUGGCAGGUGGCAGGUUAAAUAUCUCAGCUGAACCAGGCAAAGACAAUCAUUUUUGGAGCAUCACAGGAGACGGAAUCAUACGCAGCAACCUCAAGCCCGACCUUGUGCUGGAGGUCAAAGGUGGCCAACAGUAUGAUAAAAACCAGGUGAUACUCAACACCUUUGAUGAGCAGAAAACCAACCAGAGAUGGACUGUGGAAAUCCUUUAGUGCUCAAAUCAAAACAAAGGCCAUUUCUGUAACUCCUGCUGCUUAGCAGAAACCUGUAACAUCUGCAGCUGUUGUGCACUGAGAAGAUGAUGGGAAUCUAUUUACUCUGAUGAGUACUAGUACUUUUUUGCUGUUAUUCUGCAUUGACCCAGAAACACAAAGUACUGUCCUGCUGCAAUGCAACGAUAUUACCAAAGGGGGCGCACUAGCAUUACAAUUUGUAUACAGCUGCACUUUAAGUGAUCUUGUUCAUUUUCAGUAUCACCAAAGAGUCAAGGUUAGUCUAGUAUGUCCCAGUUUACCCUUUGCCUGUCAUAACUACACUUCAUAGGGGCAAAAAGCACCUUCUUCCAUUUAUAACCAGCUGUGUAUUCUGACUAAAUUAUUAUUUUUUUAAUGAAUCAUACUUAGUACAGUCAAAUACUACUAGUACUUGGUAUAGUAGAUGUUUUACUAGUUCCUUAAAAGCUGAAAGGCUCCUAAUAGCUUCAAACAGGCUUUCUUUUUGUCUGCAACUUUUCAUGUCACAUCUCAGGAUGGUUGCUAGUAAAGGGCUUGUGUGUGUUCAAUUGAUCAGCCAAUCAGAAGACAUUAUUUUCAUGUGGCUCCAGAGUGAUUAAUCACAUUAAUUAAAAUGACCUGGCUGCAGAACUAAACGCCCAUGAGCAAAAACUGCACAUUUGGUGGCAACUGCUGUUUAGAUGAAUGAGAAUAAAAAAGGUAUUACAGACCUCACUGGAUAUAAGGCAACAUUCAUUGCCAUUCAGACUCACUGAAAACAAAAUGUGGGAACUCAUAUCAUUUUACAGUUGCUUAAUGUUUUUUUUGUCAGAAUAUUCAGCAAAAUUAGUAAAAAAGCACUAUUGCACAUUAUAGAAACAUUUCCUCUUAGCUGUGCUGAUCUGGAAUCAGCUCACUCAUGUUCACAAACUCACAUUACUUCAAAAGGCAGCUGAUCCUAGAUCUGCUGUUCUGCUCUCAGAGCUUUUCUUUCUCUCCAUUUUCUUUUAUACAGAAUUUUUGGUAGUUGUUUUUGUGU